GGGAGAGAGGGAGGGAGGGAGGGAGGGAGAUAUUUUCCAUAAAGCCUCUUUAUUUUCUCUUUCUUCCUGCCCUUGAGCAUCCCUGGUAAAGCCGAGCUUGUAAAGUGAGGACAGCGGGAGGAGAAGAGAGAGUGAGGAGGGCGGGCACGAGCUUUUCCCUCAAAGUCAAUAUUUUAUACUUUUCAUACUCCUUAACGCGGGAUUUCACUCCUCUUUUCCCUGGCGUUUCCAUAUCUAGGACACGGAUCUACGGUGCGCAGCCAUCCACGGUGUGAUUAAAAAAAAAAAAAAAAGUAUCCGACAGAAGGCACAAACAAUCCGCGAUCAGGGCAGGCAGAUAACCGGAGUACAGGGGAUGCUGGGGAGGAUCUCUGCGGCCGAAGAGGAGGACGUGAGCGGGGAGUGCUGACUUAUCUAAUGGAUGCAUCUUUAAAGACAAUCACUAGACUCCGCGGGUCUGACGCGUCCAAUGGAUGUACCUGAAGAGGGAGCGGCCUCUCCGUCACACUGUCCCACCUGCGCCGCCGUCUGCGUGCAGGACCCCGCUCUCUGAGACAUGCACUCACGCUGACAUCAACCACCCAACCUCCUGAUACACUAUGGUUAAAGUGUAUGCCAAGAUAAAUCUCUGCAACGUCAUCCGCCUCUCCAUUCAACGUCCACCUUCCUCCGGGUGCCAGUCGCCAAACCUACCAAGUGUCCGACUCUCGGCUCACCAGGGGCCGCAGAUAUCUGUGGACAGACACUGAUACCGAGCUGCACCGUGUCCUCCUGUCAUUCUGUCACUUUAUGAACCCAAGGGCGAGUUACACUGUGGUGGUAACGAUGACCACCACUCAUCUAUGAUCACCACUCCAUGCGCGUCACCUCUCCUCUGAGCUCCGUGGCCCCCUCACCCUCUGCCGGACCCCGCUCCAAACAACCCCCCAGCCUGCCAUGCUCCUCCAGGCCGUCUUACUGCUGCUUCUGCGCUGCGCGGCCUCCAGUGUGAGCCAGUACGAGUUGUGCAAGUCCCUGGUGAGCACGGAUGAGGGCUCGGUGUGGGAGCAUUACGCGUGCCAGCCGAAACCCGCGUCCAUGAAAGACUACAUGCGGAUCAAGGUGGACCCGCCCGGGAUCACGUGUGGAACGCCGCCAGAGAGGUUCUGCACUUUGGAGAACCCAUAUCUGUGCAGUGAUGAGUGCGACGCCUCAAACAGAGACCUGGCCCACCCUCCAGAGCUGAUGCAGGACCGUGAACAUAACGGCUUGAUCACCUACUGGCAGACAGUUACAUGGAGACGCCACCCCGAGCCCCUGUUGGCCAACAUCACCAUGUCUUGGAACAAGAGCCUGGAGCUCACCGACGACGUCCUCAUCACCUUUGAGUACGGUCGGCCUACAAUCAUGAUACUGGAUAAAUCCAUGGACCACGGACGCUCCUGGCAGCCGUACCAGUUCUAUGCUGACGACUGUCUGGACGCAUUUAACAUGGCCCCCAAGCGUGUGCGUGACCUUUCACCCGCCAAUAUCACAAAGGUCCUUUGCACUGAGCAGUACUCUCGAUGGGUCGGUUCCAAGAAUGACAAGAAUGUUAAGUUCGAGGUCCGAGCCCGUUUCGCCGUGUUUGCCGGGCCGCGGCUGCAGAACAUGGACAGCCUGUACACACGGAUGGAAAGUAUGAAGGGAUUGAAGGACUUCUUCACCUUCACCAACCUGAGGUUGAGGCUCCUCAGGCCUGCCCUCGGAGGCACCUACGUCCAGAGGGACAACCUGCUCAAGUACUUCUAUGCCAUCUCCAACAUCGAUGUACCAGCCAGGUGUAAGUGUAACCUCCACGCCUCCCAGUGCCUGCUGCAGGAUGGGAACCUCCAGUGCCAGUGUGAACACAACACCACGGGGCAGGACUGUCAGCGCUGCAGGAAAGGCUUCAAAGCCAAGUCCUGGAAGGCGGGCUCCUACCUUCCAGCUCCGAACGGAUCCCCCAACACAUGUACAAUUGCUGGUACUCCCUCCGGUUCAAACUGUGAGUGCUACGGCCACUCCAACCGCUGCAGCUACAUCGACUACCUGAACAUCGUCACGUGUGUCAGCUGCAAGCACAACACCAGGGGUCAGAACUGCCAACACUGCAGACUGGGCUACUUCCGAAACGCCUCUGCUGAACUGGAUGAUGAGAGCGUCUGUAUCGAGUGUAACUGCAACCAGAUGGGUUCUGUUCAUGACCGGUGUAACAGCACGGGCUACUGCCAGUGUAAAGAAGGCGCCACGGGGGCAAAAUGUGACGACUGUCUGCCGGGCUUCUACUGGAAACAAGGCUGUUACCCCAACAUCUGCGAUGAGGAGAUGCUCCUGUGCCAGAACGGAGGAACGUGCUACCAGAACCAGAAGUGCAUAUGUCCUCCAGAGUUUAAGGGGGUCUUGUGCCAACACUCCCGCUGCGAGGCGGGCAAAGACUGCAACGCUGCCUCUUCGCCGCACAUCUCUACAGCCGGCCUGCUGCUCUGCACUCUGCUAGCCAACCUGCUGGCCACGAUAAUCCUCCACUGAGCCAUGGAAACUGCCCCUCAUAGCAAGGAGUGUGUGUGUGUGGAUGUGAAUGUGCGUGUGUGUGCGUGUGUGUGUGUGUGAGAGAGAGAGUCAAGCGUAGGCCAUGGACUUUGUCGGGCCGUUUCAAUGACAACGCCUAAAUCUGAAAACACACUUUAGCACUUGCAAAAGAAAACACACUCACGCAAACACUUACUGUUUCCACUCACACACACAUUACACACACACACACAUACACACACCUCACAGGACAGUACUGAUAGUGAGUGUGUGCUCAGGUGACAACAGAACGACAAACUCAAAUAUCAAACGGGGGAAGACUCUUCAGACCGAGGGGGAGGAGAUGAUACCAACCACUGUUCCCUUUAUUCCUGAGCUGGAGCAACAACGUGCAUCAAACCAAAAAAACGCAUUAAGAAAACACUUCAACUCACCACUGUUUCACGUCAAAGAAAAUGGCUGUUGUAACCACAAAGAACUUUCUUUUUACUAUUUUCUCUUUUUUUUUUUUCCUCCGUUGCGUUUAGGAACGUCGCCUCUGUUAGACCGACGUGUGUGUGUGUGUGUGUGUGUGUGUGUGGCUCAGUGAGAAAAACGAGACGUGUCGUCACGAAGGACAAAUGUGGAAAAGUAGGGUGUGCACUAGAUCCUGCUGCUGAGGCCUACAGUAUAUAUAUACAUACAUAUAUAUAUACACAUAUAAAUAUAUCAACCAUGUUUUAUUUCUUCUCCAGAGACUUGGUUUUACAUUUAUUCAACUUCUGCUACUUUUUUAAAAAAGAAAAACAAACUUAUAUUGCCAGUCAUUGUAUCUAACGUGCCCACUAACAGUUGCUGAGAUUAUACAUACUCUAUAAUAUCCAGGGGUCUGCGAAUUAAAAAAAAAAAAAAAAAAAAGUCACUAUUAUGGUUGUUAUAGGAAUGAGUGAUUGUUGCCACACUUAGCAAAGAUUUACCUUCACACAGUAUUCAGGAGAAUUUAAGAGAAUUUAACUUACCAGAAGUCUAAAAAAAGAGAAGAUGAUACAGAUACCACAUAUUAAUAUCAUACGACAUUAUUUGACUAUUUUUUGUAGAAAUUAUUUUUGUUUGGAGUUACAAUAAAUUAUAAAAAAAUGGCAUUU